AUGGCUGUACCAGAUGAUGCACGCUGCAAUGGUUCCAUUGACAACUGGCUCUUCCUAAUGCAAAGAUAUGGAGGGUGCUCAUUGAUGAAUCCUUUCUCAAAAGCAACACUGGACCUUCCUAAGCUAGCCACUGUUUGGCGUGAAGACUGGUUCAAUCAGGACCCCCGACGUAAUCCUCUGUUUUAUAAGGUCGUGGUUCCCUCACCCCUGGACACCUCACCAGAAUCCCUUGUUGCCGUGCUGAUCUUGGGCGAUGGUAAUGGCAGUAGAGUUUGUAUUUGCCAGCCACCAGUUGCUACGGACAUGUCCAGAGGCGGGAGCAUGGAACCGUGCAGGUACCUGCAUGAUGUUAUUUUCUUCAAUGGGAAGCUGUAUGGAAUUGCUUUUUGUGACAAGCUUCUUAUGUUUGAGAUUGGUUAUGACCUUGGCAAUAAGCCGAAGAUCUCAUCCACUGAAUGCAUAAUCAACUCAAUGGAUGCUUAUUUACGGGACUUGGCCCACUCCUUAUCCAGAGAAAAGGCAGAUUUGAGCACCAAUCCUGGUCAAUGGAGACGGGUCAAUAAGUUGGGUGGCCAAGCGCUUUUCGUUGGCCGGCAUUUCUCUAAGUCUUUUUCUGUUGAAGAGUACGAUGGUAUUCAAGAGGAUUGCAUAUAUUUCAUGUGUGACUAUCCUUGGCCAGAUUACGCUGGAGAUCCUCUUUGUGACUCUGACGUGUACAACAUGAGAAAUGGGAUGAUCACUCCGUUGUUGUCAGAGAACGCACCAGUGCUGCAUUAUAAUGGUGGCCAGUGGCGUCCAACAUGGAUAUUUCCUGCUGAUCCUAUAUAA